AUGGAUUAUGAUUAUACUAUUACUUAUGCGCAAAAAUCACUGGAUUCAACUAUGCCAUGGAUAGGCAUGUAUAUUGCAGCAGCUUCUGCCGUCUGCACACUUGCCAUGGCGGCCGAUGCUUUCAUUGGCUUCAGAAGCAACAAGUAUUGGCUUCCGUGUAAGUAUUUCUCUCUCAACGCUUUCUCCCUCACACUCUUAGCAGUAGCCAUGAAACUGCCAAUAGAUCUAACAAAUGUGGACGUCACCUACCGUGAUAAAUACGCAAGGAUUGGCAGCGUUGUUUUGAUGUCGACUGCUAUGAGUAAUUUCAUGACAUCUUUGGGUUCCAUGGAGAAUAACGAAAUUGUAGUAAACAUGGCAGCGUUAGGCAUUCUUGUCAUCACUAUUGCUGCAAAUGUAAUCAUUCAUCUUGCUCAGAUGCAGAGCUCUGUAACUAGAGUGUUGCUGCCCGAAGUGGUUAUGUCUGUUGUCAUCAUGUUUUCCUUCCUUUCAACAUUAUGUUGUGUGUCACUGAUGGCUCCGGGAGCCAAAAGAUAUAUAGGAUUGAAGUAUGAUGAAAUGCACGAAUCAGUUUCGAAUAGACAAGUAGAGUGGGGAAGGUUUAGUGUUGAUGAAGUUGAAAAUAUGGUGAAAGCGUAUUGGGUGAUGGCUCAAACUAGCAGAUCCCAAUUCGUUCUCGCAAGGUCUGCCAUUUCUUGUAUAUCAGGACUCUUGUGUCUUUUCAUAGCUCUAUUGUUGGUAGAAGCUCGGUUUGCAAAUAGACUUUUGUUCCAUUGGUAUAUCCAAAAUAUUAAGGGGAGAAGUGAAUCAGACUAUGGCUGGUCUGUCGGCUGGAUUUUAAACACUCAGUCAAUAGGAGUGGCAAUGGGAACUAUUGCUCCUCUGUUGAGAUGGUUCGUUGCUUCAUGGCUAAAGAUUUCUGAGACGGAGCGAAGGAGCUUCAGAGAUGAACUCGAGGUUGAGAAAUACUGGACUUGGAGGCUAGUGGAGUGGAGAGACAGAUCACUUCCUUUUCAACUUCCAAACCGCUUAUGCAAGAAGCUUUUUCGUGAUGCAAGAAGAUCUUUUCUGAAUUUCUGCAUCCGAGGUCAGAUUCUCUUUGUUUCAGCUGCAAAAUUGGUUUUAUUCCUCUCUGCUAGACUUGGUAGUGCAGUUUUCUUGCGUUUCUGCAAAACUAAAGGAUCUGUUUUAGCGGGAGGACACAAAUCAAAGGAAGGAGAACACGCGGAUUUCAGGCAAUAUGUUCUUCUACUUGAAGGUGAGCCACAGUUGCCUUAUAAAAUCCUCCACAACAUCUGCAACGAGGCGGAUAAGUUGAUACAAAUAGGCGAAAAAAGACAGCCCGAGAAUCUGAUCCAACUUUUCAAGAAAUCUUCAAACUUCUGUGGGGUGGGACGAUUCGACAGCAGCCACGUUCCAAGUUUGCAUUCUCAAGAACCUCCAAAUUGCUGGUCUCUGCCCGUGGUGACUUUGACGGCCAUUUCACUUGCUCUUACUUAUGACAAGGCCAUCCAGUUAUUGAAGUGUGUGAGUGAGGGCUUUCCUAUUGUGAAGCUUAUCGAGGAAACUCUAGACAGAACCAGAGAGUUAGAAAACAUGAGAAAUGUAGCGGAUGUGGUUUGGGAUGAAGUUGAAAAUAACAAGAAAUGGGAUGGAGAGGAUUUGAAGAGCAUGAGAGUGAGAGGCACAGCGUGCAAGGAAACACUCCAAAACCUUUCUAACAGGGCAGGAAAAACCGUGACAGAUUUUUUGGCUCAAGCGAAUGAUAUUCUAAUGCAGAACCCUCUGAAUUGGCCUCGUAGAGUUAUUGCUGCUAUUUCAAUGUACAGGAUUUCUCAAACGAUCUUACUAGGAAUUGGAGAUGGCGAGCACCAAGAUGAUGACGAGCUAUUUGAGAGUAUAUCGAUCACCAUCUCAGAUAUACUAGCAGCGUGCCUCACGAAUCUAGUGCAGGUCAUCAGGUUAAAGUGUCACAGAAACGACAUCAGAGAAAGGGAGGAUAGUGUGAGGCGAGCAGUGAUUCUUCUUGGUGAGAGCAAAGAGAUUCUUAAAAUUCUGCAGCUGCGUGUGCUUCCGAGUUUGGAUGUGGAGAAAGCUGCUAAGAUUGACGAGUGGAGGGCAUCCAUGGCACUGGAUCAUAUAGUAUAG